UUUAAUGUGAAAAUGUUCAAAUUCUUCCAGACUGCUAAGAGAUGUAGUUUAAUCCAAGUUCGCAGUUUAUCCUAUCUCCCACUGUCGAGCCAACCCCUGAGAUUAUUUGUCCUGAAUCUUAACAGAACCCGGAGCCUAGUUGUACGGAGUAUCUUUAGUAUACGGCAAGGUUCUACCUACCCACUCAUAUUUAAGAUGAGAGAUAAAGUGAUUGUUAAACAUGAGGAGGGAGCGGAUAGGUUCACUUUCUCAUUCAUUUAUUCAUUUGCACAGAACAGUCCUGGUCGUCAGUUCAACAUGAGCCGGGAGUUGACGGAGGAGUCCUCCACCUUCAUCCAGAGGAUCCAGGCUAACGUGGGCAAGGUGGUGAACAAGAAGAAGAAGAAGGGCGGAGAGGAGGUCACGGUAGAGGUUCAGUUCUUCAAACUAGAUGAGGAUAUUAAUCUAGAAAUGAAGAAGACUGCCAAGGAUCUGAUCUACGAACCAAACAUCAAGAUGAAGAUUGACAGUAAAGAGUUCGAUGUUAUCCUAAAUCCUCCUUUAGUUGAAGAUGUUAGAAUAGCUGAACCUUUGAUGACGCAUACUUACAUUUAUCCUUUUAAGUUAAAGACUGUGUUUGCUGAAGAGAGUAGAACGAAGUUUAAAUGGUUUGUGAGCAAGGAUCCGUCUGAGACGAGCCCAGGAGGUUCGACAACUAAGAAGGUUCGAUUGGAUAGUUUAAACUCGGGAGAGUGGAAAGAGAGGGGAGAGCAUUUCUUCUUUAUACCUAAUGAAUCUGAUAUAGGGAGCCGUGUGAGAUUAGACGUAACCCCCGUACUGGGUGAGGUUGAGGGUGAUACCAGAUCUAUCAUCUCCAGUGGGCUGGUGGAGGCGGGACCAGAUACCACACCCACUCUCAACAGACAAGCCUGGACUAAACAGAAAACAGAACAUCCUGUUGUUAGGGUGGUUUCCUAUAAUUUGUUAGCGGAUCUUUAUGCAGACAGUGAUUUCUCCAGAACCACACUUUUCCCACAGUGCCCACCAUUUGCUCUAGAGUUCAGAUAUAGAGUAAAAUUAAUCCUGAAUGAAUUAAUUAACUUUAAUCCUGAUAUUAUCUGCCUUCAAGAGAACGACAGUAAGGUUUUCCGACAUGAUUUAGUUCCGGUUCUUGGUAAACUAGGCUUUAAAGGAGAAUUCACUAAAAAGGGAGGACAGGUUGAGGAAGGAUUAGCAUUAUUCUAUCGGGAGGGCAGGUUUAAAUUACUAGAAUCGAGAAGAACAGUAUUUGCUGAAGAAUUAGAGGCACCUAGGUUUGCACAUAUCUACGAGAAGAUUCGGAAAAAUGAUUCUCUAGUUCAGAGAUUAAGAGAGAGAACGACUGCUGUGUUUGUCUCCGUUCUCCAGAGUUUACAAGAUCCAAGGAAACUUGUGAUUGUCGGGAACACUCAUCUAUUCUUUAAACCUGAUGCCGACCAUAUUCGUCUUCUACAGUUUGAGAAGUGUCUCACAGAGAUACAGAUUCUUAGAGCUGAGAUGAUAGAGAAAAAUCCAUUCUCCGAGAUCGGAGUUAUUCUUUGCGGAGAUUUCAAUUCAACUCCACCUUUCGGAGUUCUACAAUAUUGUCUUGAGGGUCGGAUAGGUGCAGAGCACAAUGAUUGGUCUAGCACUCCAGCGGAAAAGGUUGAGAACUUAAACCUCGCACAUUCUUUAAACCUGGGUUCAGCUACCGGAACUCCUAAGUAUACAAACUACACAAUUGAGUUUAAAGACUGCCUGGAUUAUAUUUUCUAUGAUAAAUCUAGAUUUGAAGUAGAACAGGUCGUACCGUUUCCAACUGAUGAAGAACUAGAAAUGUAUAUAGCCCUACCAAAUAUAUCCUUUCCGUCAGAUCAUAUAUCCUCUGUAGCAGACCUCAGAUGGAAAUAAACAGAACUUUUUUUGUAAAACUUUGAUAAAAUUGUGAUAUUUUUUUUUUUAUUUUCUCUUGUUUCAGA